UGAAUUAUGUACUUCUACGAAAGUACAUACGAAACUUGCUGUCUCUGAAUUAUAAUAAUGUUUGAUCGAAAGAAAUGAUAUUUUAUUUACAUUUGUUAAAUCAAUGUUUUAAUGCUUUGCAUUAUACAUAAUAAAAGUAUCUGUUUACUGGAAAUCUUCGCAUGCGCUCGCGUGAACUAUUCGAAAGAAUAAAGUCAUUGUGAAGUGAGAUUGGAUAAUUACAUUAUUUAGGAAUGGCAGAUAUCAAACAGGAUCAUAAAGGCGAGGAUACUGAUAAUUAUGGAAUAGGUAAUAAUGCAGAACCGAAAAAUAUGCAAGAAUUAACGGAAUAUGUGCAAACAUUAUUACAAAAUAUGCAAGGAAAAUUUCAAACAAUGUCGGAUCAAAUUCUUGGAAAAAUAGAUGAAAUGGGAAAUAGAAUAGAUGAUUUAGAAAAGAAUAUUACAGAUUUAAUGACACAAGCUGGAGUAGAAGGAGGUGAUAAAUAAUAUUUAUUGUAACAUCAAUUUUGAUAUAGAGUCAAAGAGAUCUUUUUCAAUAUCAACAAAUAAUAUUCUAUAAGAAAUAUUUAUAUAUUAUUGAUAUGCACAUUUGGUUAUUAAUGUAAUAAACUGAUUUCUUUUAUACU